CAUGGAAGUGAUCUUCACGUGAACAGUAUGCUUGUGAACAUCACAUGAGAUGUGAAGUACUUCUGACAGGCACUCAAAGGUGUGUCUGAUUUAUAAGGCUUUCAGGGCGACAGAAACUUGAACAGGUGACUUCAAGAAUUCUGACAAGCUUAUUUUAUAUUCCAACUUGCAAAGUAUUGGAUGCGAAACUAUAAUCAAACCUGUUACUAAAGGGAGACGAUAAUGGAAAAGCUAAUCGGAAAAUGGGAGGUAAUCAGGGAGGCAAGUGAAGGCGAGGAAGUCUACCUGGACAAAAACGAGGUGCCGCAGGAAGAUCGCCAGGUCAUGCAGACGAUAGUGUGGACGCAAACGUUUAGCCAAGAUGGCGACGAGUGGGUGAGCGAGACCGAGGCUGGUGACGUCAAGGAUCGCUUCAAGUUCACCCUCGGCACAGAGAUAACGCACACCACCAACACUGGCAAGACCAUCGUGGGGACAUUGAUUUGGAAUGACGGGAGGUUGUUGGGAUCAUUUAUGCAUGAUGGCAAGUCCACCACUACCCUUGACUAUCUAGUGGGCGACACUCUGUACACGGAAUUCACCAGAAACGGGGCUACAGUAAAAUAUAAGUUUCGAAAAGUGUGACAGAGGUUUCUGAUGUCUGCUGUGUGACAAAUCUUUCUUUCCUGGGGUGUGAAACGACUACCUCACUGGUCAUGCGUUAACCGUCUCGUCGGGUGCCAUCGGUGCAACGGGUCUUUCUGAAAUAAAGGAUUCAAACAAUAACUGUAAUUUUUUUUUUCAAAAUCUGUUUUCAUGCAUUUUACUGUUAAUUUGUUAUCUGUAUGGUUGCAUCCAUGU